UUAGCAAAGCCUCAGCUCCUUUAACUCAUGUUCCCCACUUCAGGGGUUGCCUGACUGCUUCUGUGGUGGGGAUGUGGAGUUUAGCUUCCAGGGCUCAUAGCCGAGAUCUGAAAGGGCAGAACAUUCAUUAAAGGUUUCCACUGCAGCAAAGGAGUUUUCUUUGCAACCUAAAAUAAAACUCGCUUGUAAUGUGUUAGCAGAAGCAACCACAGAGUUGGUUUGCAACAGGAAAAAAGCCUGCAGAGGGGGGCUAGCAGGACAGGGGAAUUUUUUUCUCAUUUAAAAAAAAAAAAGUUGCUUUCUAAAAUUUUCCACCUAUACUCACCCCCACCAUGACGCCCCUCUUACUGAGUGCAGGAAGUGUGCUGACCACUUAAUGACAGUAUAUAAGUGUGGGGACAGGGGUUCAGAUUAUCACUUUCUCCUCUGCUGCAGAGUGAAGUAUUCGGCAAUGAAGCUCUACAACUUGGCUAUCCUGGUCCUUUUUUGCCUUGGCAUCCUCACCACGCACACAGCAAGAGGGAGUGUAGGAAGUCAAAUUAUAAGAAGAAGUUCCUGCAUAAACCUAUCAACAAAGGAGCUAGACAUAAGAGGGCUUGCCAAUUAUGAAAAUCAAAACAUACCAGUAAAAGCCGUUAUGUUCAUCACCAAGGGAGGCAUCAAGAUCUGUGUGGAGCCCGAACUCAAAUGGGUGAAGCAAGCCAUAAAAUACUUAGAUCAAAGACGUGUCAUCAAAAGAACUAUUACCAAGCCCAAGCCCAAACCCAAACCCAAACCCAAGCCAUCUAACUAAAUGGAGAUGCCACUGAAACCAUAAGCAACUGCUUGUAACUCCUACUUGGUAACUGAUAAUAAAGUUUCUGAACUAACACAGGCUGAUCAGAACCUUCCUCUAUUCAGUUUUAUUCUGCAGCUGGACUCUUCUACAUUGUUCUCAGAUUUAUUUACUGCAAAGUAUGUUCAUUAUUUAUGAUUGUGUGUGGGCAGUUUUCUCUGAUCAGGGCGGACUAUGGACUGCCCUUUAAUAUGCUGACAGGGUUUCUGUCAAAGACUGAUGACAGAAGUCUUUAUUUAUAAGAGGGAAGGAAAACAUGCAGGGUGUUGCCUGUCUAUGGGACUCAUUGCUGAAAUAAGUUACAGGACAUUGGGGCCCUGUUUGAAAAAUGUGCUGCAUAAUAUAGUGGUAGAAAAAGUACUUAAGCAAGUAAGCAAAGUAUGUUUCAGCCCAUCAGGUGCUAAUUGCAAUGUGCAGGAUACAGUUGUCUGCCCUUCUAUUCUUCUUUGUAACAUAAUGUGAUGAUCUAGCCGGGUCUGAUUCUCCUCUCGCUUUCUAACAGUGCAAAUAUAUUGGUUUGGGUUGAUUUCAAAUGUGAAUUGACUAAAUGUGCACUUAUUCAGGGGAUUUCUAUAUAGAUUUAUGAAGAGGAAGGAUCUGGCCUGCCAACUUCUGUGAAGUUACUGCUGAUUUACACUGGUCUGAGAUAGAUCUGAGAUGAGCACUUUGUUUUUAUCUUUGCUUUUUUAUGCAGCGUUAAAAUUUAAGCAAUUGCUGUAUUUUAUGUAUUUCAAUCCUGUAUAGAACAUUCUCAAGGCCAAACUAAUGCAGAGGCUGGUGCAAUGGAAAUAGUUAUAUUCUCUGUAAAUGUUAAUUUCAUUUUAAGAUGGAUUAAUUCUAAUAAUUCAUGGACUUUUCGGACAUUAAUAAAAAUCUU